GACUCGAUACUUGACAGUAAAUAUAACCUAACUUUGUUUAUGUUUUGACAUUUUAGAAUUUGCAAUGCAAAAAUACGAGAAACUUGAGAAAAUAGGUGAAGGAACUUAUGGAACUGUUUUCAAGGCGAAGAAUAGGGAGUCUUUGGAAAUAGUUGCUCUCAAGAGAGUACGACUAGAUGAUGAUGACGAAGGAGUCCCAUCGUCAGCUCUACGUGAGAUAUGCCUUUUGAAAGAACUGAAACAUAAAAAUAUAGUUCGCCUCUACGAUGUUUUACACAGCGACAAAAAACUUACUUUAGUUUUUGAACACUGUGAUCAGGACUUGAAGAAAUACUUCGAUAGCUUAAACGGCGAUAUAGAUUUAGAUGUAGUUAAAUCUUUCAUGUAUCAGUUGUUACGUGGACUUGCGUUUUGUCACAGUCAUAACGUUCUUCAUAGGGAUUUGAAACCCCAAAACCUAUUGAUUAAUAAAAAUGGGGAACUUAAGCUGGCAGAUUUUGGCUUGGCUAGAGCAUUUGGCAUUCCUGUAAAGUGUUAUUCAGCAGAGGUGGUGACUUUAUGGUAUCGGCCCCCAGAUGUCUUGUACGGUGCAAAACUGUAUACAACUUCGAUUGAUACAUGGUCUGCAGGAUGCAUUUUUGCAGAGUUAGCAAACGCUGGCCGGCCAUUAUUCCCUGGUUCUGAUGUGGAUGACCAGCUAAGGCGGAUCUUCAAACUAUUAGGAACUCCUACUGAAGAAACAUGGCCUGGUAUGACGCAGUUGCCAGAUUAUAAACCAUUCCCCAUUUAUCAACCGAAUAUGAGUCUAGCCCAGGUUGUUCCCAAAUUGGGCAAUAGAGGUAGAGAUCUCCUUCAAAGACUGUUGGUUUGUAACCCAAUGGGAAGAAUGUCUGCAGAUGAAGCAAUGUCCCAUCAGUAUUUCAUUGACCUAAAUCCAUCCUUCAAGAAUGAUAGAUGUUGAAAAUAACUGGUGACAUCGAUCGUAUGAGUUUUUAUUGCCCCUGUGAUUUUUUUACUUUUGGAAUAUUAUUUUCAAUUUGUCUAGUCACUUCAAGUCACUGAAAGUGAAUGUAACUCAGAUUGCAAAUCACACCAACAUAUUUGUAAAUCUCUUCUAUAAGUAAAAUAUAAAUAUUCAAUUGUUUA